AUGGAUGCCAUCAAGGAGUGGCUGACGAAGCAUGGCUAUUCGGAUUUGCUGGAUUGGGCUUCGCAUGAAGGCCUGGAAACGGUGGAUGAUUUAGCCUUCUUCUUUACUGACACGCAUGUGCCGACAUCAGAGCCGCUCAAGGCUGCUUGGGUACAGGCAAGAGAGUGCAGAUCAGAUGGUUAUGUCAUUGCAAAAGACUUGCUGCAAGUCGGUCACAUAGCGUGCGGCCCACGGAUGCGCAAGCCUCAUGUGCGUGCUAAAGCGACGCAAGGUAUGCUCAAACCACUCACUGUAAAGGUUGAUUUCAUUCAGCGCCAGUUGCAAGUAAACCGAGCCAUUCAGUUGUCAAUGUCCUGGGCGCCAGCAUUUGGUGUCAAAGCUGGAGUGGUCGAUGAAGCCAUGUUGCAGCGACGUGUCAAGUCAUUGUCUGCGCGUCUAUUGGGAUUUGAGCCGCGUACGGUGAAAGCUGCGCUAGCUGAGUGGCAACGAUUGUGGAGCCAUGUCCGCAGUCAAAAUCCGCCCAGCGCAGCUCUUCAGUUCGGGGCUGGCGUCCCGGCAGUUCUUGUAGAAGAUUACAUCAACAUCUCCUCCGAAGGAAAAGGGACAUCUGUGCCGAAGGCAUGCUACGAUCGCUUGGCCUGGCUUGCCCGACACUUGCAAGCGCCUCUUGAUAUGGAAGCAGUUCCUGUGCCCCGCACUGUGCACCAGGCGGAGCUGCGCGAUUCUGGGGAGCGAGGGCAGGCUGUGCCGCUGGAGCCUUUUAUGGUGGGUUUCCUCUGCAGCCGUGCGCAAGAGGCCAGAACUCAGCAACUGGCAUCAGCGUGCGUCUUGUCUGUGAUGGUGGUCUUGGCGUUCAUGCCGCUGCGAUAUCGACAUGCUUUGCGCAUGGUGCCGGUCAGUAGGGCUCCAAAGUGGGUCUGUUUCUGGGUUUUUCGUGGUAAAGGCAGAAUCAAUGGCAUCAGGAAAGGAUUCAGUUGGUUCGUGCCGAGAUUGCCGGUGCUGGAAGAGUCAUUGCGCUGCAUCUGGGAUGGAUGGCACAGCACGCAAGCUUUGCCUUGCUACCAGGCAAGCCCGCCUGUUUUCAUUUGCCACAUUGAUGGUCGCGCUGUGUCCCUGUCUCAGUUCAAUGACAUGGCGCAGCGACAGCUGGCAGAUGUCUUGUGCGCGGAUUCGCCGCCCGUGUCUUCGUACUCCUUCCGACGCUGCGCUCCCACAGCGCUAGAUUGCCGCGGUGCCCCAUGGCCUGAGCGCUUUGAUGUGGGAGGGUGGCAGAUGGACGAGGCGGCAAUUCGCGAUCGCAGGGCAACCAGAAAUUCCAUGCCUUUCCGCUAUAGUGGCCAGCGCGAGGGGAACGAAGUGCAGAGCAAGGCGCUUCACGCUUUGACGUUCGCUGCUUCUUUGGAGGCGAACGUGUCGUCCUGGCAGGAUUUUCGGGCUUGGUGGACACGUCAGCCAGCGGCCACGGUGCAGUCCUGGCAAGAGGAGGCAGCAACCUACGCGGACUUCUCUGCGAAGGCGGAGUUUGCAGCACGGGCCCCAGGUCACCUGAAACACAUGGAAAAUCGAAGGUAUGUGCCUCGCCAGCCUUCUUUGCAGCCAUCGCGACCAUGUGGGAAGCGUGUCUUUGAUCCUCAGAGUUGGGUGUCAGCGGGCCGACGCGGCGCUCUCAUGCAUCUGUGCCGCGCGGAUGCUGUGGGCCCUGUAUGCUCAUGGCGUCAGAAGCUGAAGAACGGCGUCUUCAAAGGAAAAGCUUUGAGGUUUGACUCCUUGUCUGAGGACUCCUUUUUUUCUUGUAGCUUCGUAGUGGCCUUGUUCUUUGAGCAGCGCUCGCUCUCAGCCAGUAGCAUGGCUCUGACAGUGGCAGACCUGCAACCCCCAGCACAGCCUGCGGAUGACCCUUCCGAGCUCUUCAAGGAGCUGUGCCUCAAGUUCAAUGUCAAUGAAAAAGUCGGCGCCUUCUUAGUCAAUGAGGGAUGCCGUAGCCUUGAAGACUUUGCCAAGUUCGUCACGAAUGACGAUGAGGUUAGGGUCCAUGUGAUUGACAAAGUGCAGGAUUUGUCGAACAAGGGCGUGCAAACGGCUAGAGUUCGCAAAGCCUGGGCGGCAGUAGUCGAAGCUGUCCAGAAAGCAGCUGACCAGAAGCGCAAAGGUCUCGAAACCCCUGAGCUGGAAGCUUUGUUGGGCACAGAAGAGCUUGAGUCUCUUCACGUUGCCUUUUGGGGGCGCUAUCGGAUGAGGUAUCCGGCAGCUCGCACGCCGUCAGAUUUGCUGGUGUCAAAUCUCAAUCGCCUUUUCAAAAGCAGACUCCUCACCAUUCACAAAGUCCUCAAAGUCAAAUCGUUGGCAGCACAGCUCAGCGGUGAAAAGAAGCGCACCAAGGUCACGGAGGGUGUGCACAUUGUCCAUGCUGAAACGGUAGAGGACCAUGUCGAAGAAAAUGUAGCCAAUUUUUUGAUCCAGCUGGAGAUGCUGAUGGUGGCUUUCGCUAAAGCAGGCACGUUUGCGCCGCCUGAUGUCCCGACUUCUCCUGAAGAUGUGCAUUCUGACCCAUGCAGCUAUGUUUUUUGCCCGCUGGAUGUUUGCAUGGCGCAUUUUCAUAGGGUGCAGAAGUAUGUCAUGUCAAUGCCCGUGAGCCGCUUGCCAGAAAUCGUGACCAAAGAAGAGGAGGACAGGGCUCUCUGGUGUGAGCGGUUUCGGGGCAGCAAGCGCACGAUCGGCGCCGUCAUUCGAGAAGUCUACACUGAGAGGCAAGCAGUGUGGAGUUUGCCAAGCUCAGCUGACGUGCCACCUCCGCCUGCUGCGGAGCUUGAAAGCACCAGGAAGUCCAAGACUGUUUACUAUGCUACUGCGCUGAAGGAUGGCAAAGCCAUCUGCCAGGAUUGGAACCGUGGCCAGUGUGUCAAGUCGGGCCCUUGCCCCAAGAAGCAGCUGCACGUGUGCAAUGUGCAGGUAGGCGAGGGCGGGCCAGAGACUUCGCUUGGGGCCAGUCUGCAGUCUGGCAGUUGUGCCGCCGCGUUGCCACCAGCAGUCCAGCUGGAGUUUUGCCAGGAAGCCAUUGUCAGUGGUUUCCGCUUCAUGUUUCCGAGAGAAGCGCUGCAUGGCUUUGCAUUGCCCAUGCUGCAAGAUUUGUUCAACCAUCCGUUUUUCACGUUGUUUCACCAAUGGACUGCCGAUCAUCGAGUGGAUGUCAACACAAGUCACCUAACAGCAACUGCCAAGGUUCAGCCAAGCUUGGGAUUGCAGACAACAGUCCUGGCCCAAAAAGGUGCGUUGCCCAGCAAAGUUCUUCCUCACCAAAGCAAGGAAGCCCUAUUCCGAGCAUGCUGUAAAGCAUCCCAUGAGGAGAGGUUGCCGUUUGAUGAUUUGGCAUGCUCUGCAGAUUUUUCUUUUGCGGCGUGGUGUGCCAUUCAUUGCUUGCCGGUUUUGCGAGACCACCGCAAGUUAGGCCGCGACCUGCUGCAGGAAUUGUCGCGCCGCUGCCAGCCCCUAUCCCGCCAUUUGCGAAAAUUUUUGCAUCCGUCAAUCAACAGUGUGGCAGGGCACAUCCAUGUUGGGCUUAUUGCUGCCUUGAUAAUCCUCAUGAAGUGGCCGGACAGGACUCUGCCUCUGGGAUUUUUGCAAGGCUUUGCGUUGAUUGGUCAGCUUGAGACGGUCAGCAUCUGGACAGCAGUUGAUGAGGUUCCCGACAUCGAUGAGGCCACCUUGUGUGGCACAGGCCCAGCCGUGUUGCAGCAGUACGGCCGGAGACAUUUUGACCAGGAUGAGCUGCAAUUCCUUUGGGCCAGUUGCCAGAAGGAAGUGGCCAAUGGCAAAGCGGGCGCGCCUGUAACCGUGGAGUCGCUGGAUGUGGAAUAUGGCAAAGACUCUUGGUCUGUAGUGCCUGCCUUUGUGCAUACUCAGCCGGACGGGAAGCGCAGAGCAGUGACCAUGUUGCAGAGCACCCGCCUUUUCACAGCUGCAGAAGAUCUGCCGGAGGCGUACCGCAUUUUGCCAGUUCAUCCUCGGCAUCUCAGACACAACAACGUGGCUGUGCAACAUCCCCAAACAAAAGAGGUUCAUGUCUUUCCAUGUUGGGCCUUGUUGUUUGGAUUUGCCGCCAGCGUUUUUCAGUUUGAGAGAUUUUCCUUUUUCUUGGAGGCGGCUGGGAGGCGAGUCCUGCAUCUCAUGGUGAGCCUCUACGUGGACGACAGCCAUUUAGAUGAUUUGGAGUGUGCAGGAGGGCAUGGGCAAGCUCUGUGGAAAGAGUUGGCCACUGAGUGCGGCCAGUCCUUUAAAGAAGCCAAGGCUCAAGACCUCGCGCUGCAAAACGAUUUUUUGGGUAUUUCUCAUGACACCAGCGCUGCCUUCAGUUCAUGGACUGUCUCCUUUCAUGCCAAGCAGAGCCUUGUGGACAAAGCUGUUGGGUUGAUUCGCGCAAGGAUGGCUGCAGGCCGCACGACCCCUGCGCAGGCCUCCAAGAUUCGAGGCGUUUGCGGCUUCAUUGCCCUCGCGCAGUGGGGGCGUGUUGGUCGUGCUCCAUUUGGCCCCUUGCGCCGCAGGCAGUACAGUGACAAGCAUCCGUGGGACAAUUCGCGGGAGCUGUGCAGGGCGUAUAAUUUGCUCCUGAUGCUUUUGGAGUUCCAUGUGCCUAGAACAGUCAAAGUAACAGCCAGUGCGCUUGGUUUCCUGGUUGUGGCCUCGGAUGCGCAAGCUGAUUCAAACCCUUCGGGCGGUGUGCUGAUUUACGACCCUGUGACAGGUCACAAAGUGGGGGGGCACUUGCAGUUUCAGCAGCAACUUCUGGAAGCUUGGGGGUAUUCUCCUGCAGCGUUGCGGGCUGGAGCAAAUCCCAUAGCUUUGUGUGAGUGCUGCAUGUUGCCAAUUACCCUCAUGAAUUUUCGGAAUAUCUUCGCAGGAAGAGACGUUUUAUGGCUGUGCGACAACACGACUGCACUCUAUUCCAUUGUCAAGGGCACAGCUAGGGGUCCGCAGCUGGAUUGCAUCGUUGCGGUGUUUCAUUUUCUCUUGUAUUUCCUCAACGUCCGAUGCUGGCUCGAGUGGGUGGGCAGUAACAGCAAUUAUUCGGAUGGAAUCAGCAGAGAAUUGGACAAGGAUCCUUUCAGCACAGCUCAUGGCUUCGAGCUUCGGCCGAUGUGGUGCCCGCAAUCCUUGUGGUUCCAACCCUUGCGGGUGAUGUGGAAACGUUGUCAGCAGUUUGAAGUUAGUCACGUCUGA